CACCCGCCCCACCCCGGUCGGUCGUUGUGCCCUCUGCUCUGGUUGGACCCGAGCCCGGCGUGCUCACCCGUCUUCUCCCAGCCGCCCAGCAACAUCGACUCCCCUCGGCGACCCCAACUCCGGCGGCGGCGCUGCAGGUCGAAGCGGGGCAGGAGGCGGCGCGUCUGAGCAGCCGGCGGCCAGCGGAGGAGGAGGGGUCCAUAAGGCGGCGUCACGGUAACCGGUCCGGCGAGUGGCGAACGGACGAAGAUGGCCGGAAGAGGGGGCGCCGGAGCGAUGUCGAAGCGGUUGAUGGAGCGGAUGCUGGGGAUGUUCCGGUCGCGGACGCAGGUGGGCGUCGACAGGGCCGGCAACCACUACUUCUCCCGCGUCGAGGAGGUCGACGGCGCCAUGAAAGAGAAGCGGUGGAUUGAGUUCAAGGGCGACCGGGACCCGACCACUGUUCCAGUUGAGUGGAUUUGCUGGUUGAAUGGACAAAGAAAGAAAGCUCCUACGCCAGAGGAAUUAGCUGAACUGGAGGCGAGGCGUGAACGCGUGAAGCAAAAUGUUGAACUUCUUAAAAAGAAAGAAGAAGAGGAAAGAAGAGCUGGUGUCCGACCAGUCAAGACAAUCGGGAAAACAGAUACUCCAAAUCUGAGAAGUUUUACACAGCAGUUCCCUGGUACAUCUGAAGAUAAAAAGAAAGGACUUGAGAAGGUGUCUAAGCCUAGUGGAGCGACUGAUGCAGAAGAUGCCACAACAGAUAAUGACAGGUCUUCCGAACCAACUGGAACUGGUGCCAGCUUUAAACCAGGGACUUGGCUGCCGCCAUCAUGAAUGCCGACCUAUAAUUCCAGCAGACGAAGGAUCUCUGCUUGAGCAUUUUUGUGAGGCCUACCUGCUGACAACAUAUUUGCUGAUGGGCAACAAUGUAUGCCUGUCAAUUGUUAAAGUUAAGUGAGGUCUCACCCUCACUAAGCAACAUAGGCACCCUCUCUUUUGAUUUUUGCCGAGUUCUUCGGUGCUAGUUUUGAUAGCAAAACGUUGGGAAACAACUAAUCAGACCUUUUUUUUAUGAAGUUAAGAGGCCUGUUUUUGGUUUGCACGAUGUAACAGCUGGAAUUGGUUUAUCGGGCAUAAAUAAGCAUGAUGUGAGUUUCAUACGUA